AUGCCUCCUCCAGCACCGGUGCCUAUCCUGUCUACUGUGUCGGCCCCUAUGCCUCCUCCAGCACCGGUGCCUAUCCUGUCUACUGUGUCAGACCCUAUGCCUCCUCCAGCACCGGUGCCUAUCCUGUCUACUGUGUCGGCCCCUAUGCCUCCUCCAGCACCGGUGCCUAUCCUGCCUACUGUGUCAGACCCUAUGACUCCUCCAGCACCGGUGCCUAUCCUGUCUACUGUGUCAGCCCCUAUGCCUCCUCCAGCACCGGUGCCUAUCCUGCCUACUGUGUCAGCCCCUGUGCCUCCUCCAGCACCGGUGCCUAUCCUGUCUACUGUGUCAGCCCCUGUGCCUCUGCCGACGUUUCCCGUUGCUUCCACGUCUUCGGCAGGCGGCCAUAGGUCGAGACCUCGGAGCAAGGCGUCUUCUUCUAACGCAUCAUCUGCACGUAGCCGUUCCCCAUUGCCGUUUCGUUCACCGUCCUCAGAGAGAGACUUUGCCCCAGACUAUGACGAGGACAUGGGCUCUAAUCACCUCAGUUUUGAUCACGUGUUUGGCUGGAUUGCUGAUCGUUUGAUAGCCUCAGUCCCUUCACCAGGACCUGAUGUUGCAAAGUCGCUUACCAUUUGGGACUCGCCUUCCUUAAUGUUACCGACACAUGAGGCGGUCAGGGAGAUUCUAUCUACACUUGAUGAAGAUUUCGCGGGGAUGUCUCUCAACCCAACUAUUAAAACGCCUAGAGUCCGGCGUGAUUACUAUCCUAUUCAUGGCUUGGACUUUGCCCAGACAGUGACUAAGGUGGAUGAGGAGAUAAAACGUGUGACAGGCUCUUCCUCUGUAUCCUCCUAUAAAAGUUCAGGACACAAGGGUAGCUGCUUUGGACUUGGAACUUAA